AUGAGCUCCUUGGGGUUUUCUAUUGGGACUUGUUCUCCUCAAAGUGAGCAAAGAAAAUGCAGAAUUCUUGUUCAUAAUAGCUUAAACAAAGCAGAAGCUAUUAACUUGAGAAACAAACAAAAAGUUUCUGAUCCUGAGUUAACUACAUUAGCUGAAACAAGUUCUUGUGAAUUCUCUGUGUCUCCUUCUGGUCUUGCUUUUUGUGAUAAAGUAAUUGGUUAUGGUCCUGAAGCUGUGAAAGGGCAACUAAUCAAGGCACAUUAUGUGGGGAAGUUGGAGAAUGGGAAAGUCUUUGAUAGUAGUUAUAAUAGAGGAAAGCCUCUAACUUUUCGAGUAGGUGUUGGUGAGGUGAUUAAAGGUUGGGACCAAGGAAUCCUUGGCUCUGAUGGAAUUCCUCCUAUGCUUACUGGUGGGAAACGAACAUUGAAAAUUCCUCCAGAACUAGCAUAUGGUGAUCGAGGCGCAGGUUGCAAAGGAGGCUCAUGUCUUAUUCCUCCAGCUUCGGUUCUUCUCUUCGACAUUGAGUUCAUAGGUAAAGCUUGA